AUGCGGCGAGCAAGAAUCAACGUUAAGCCUAAUUUCAGGCCUGGAAGUCGAAGUGGUUUGGCAGGAGAGCUGACCUCACAGGGUGCAGCAGAUACUGACAGCACCCUGCCAACAGUCAAAGCUGAAAAACCAGCCAUGCCUUCACCCUCUCCCCAGGUAAACCCACCUGUGGAAGAGACUCCCCAAGCUUUAGGUGUUAAAAAUGAUCCACAGUCACCUUUGGCCAAGUCCUCACCUAAUCAGCAUGGUGGAGCACCCUCUAGUGGCAGGAGCACUCCUGAUGCAGUUCCUCAGAGAAGAAUGAGGCUCUCAGCCACUCCAAAACUUUCCAGACCACGAGUCACUUCUGUACCUCGCCCGGCUGCCAGAACACCUAGCUUGGCAGUGCCAACAUUGCCCAGUGAUGGACCUGGGCUUGAUUCUACUCAUGAGACUACAGCUUUGGACUCAAGGAACUCUGACAAUCUGUCCGACUCUGGGAUACCUUACUCCACGUUGCCCACAAAAGUAGCCAUGACGUUGUCCACAUCAUAUCCACCGUUGUCCCCAUGUGUGCCUUCCACAUCUGGCCUCCAGAAGCCUUUCGUUCAUGAUGAGAAGUCAGUGGAGGACUCCCCACCGUCUCCUCCGCCGGGCCACCUGCCUCAGCAACCUCCACAGGAGCAAGGAGCCCAUCAGUGCUCCACACAGGUGUCAGGUGUGCCCUCGGUGUAUGCAAAGUCCACCUGUUUUGAUAUGCCAGGUUCUCCUAAGGAGACAGACAAGGAAAGGAUCCUGAAGGCCCUCAAGCUGAAGGAACUCAUGAAGAUCGAAAAGAGGAGAGAUAUUGAGAGGGCCAAGAAAUCAGUUAGACAAAAGAGAGAAUAUGCAGCCCUGGACCACAGUAAGAUGACCAUGAGGGAUCUAAUCUACUACCUGCCCAAUACAAGCCCAAUGAAGUCUUCCAUGGUGCGUGAGGAGGACCAAGCCGAAGUUACUGUUCCACCGUUGCCAAAGGUGCCAGAGAAAACCCAGGAGACAGAUGAGGAAGAGGCAGAGUCUGAAAAUGAGGGAAUGUUGAUGCCAAAGGUCAGAGUGGCAGAGGAUGGCUCAAUCAUUCUGGAUGAAGACAGCUUGACAGUGCGAGUUCAGAGGACCUCUGAUACCGUAGUGGUGGAGAGCUCAAAUCCCCUCUUCGAACGAGGAUCAACUACGUCUUACACAAGCUUCAGAAAUUGGAACUACGUGAAAAGCUGGUCAGUUAGAGAGACAGACAUGUUUUUUCUGGCCAUCAGCAUGGUGGGCACAGAUUUCUCUCUGAUUGCUCAGCUGUUACCACACCGUAGCCGUUCUGAGAUUAAGAACAAAUUUAAAAGAGAGGAGAGGGCAAGUGCAUGGAGAAUUGACAAAGCUUUCAGAAAUAAGCGACCAUAUGACAAGGAGUUCUUUAGCUUUCUGCUGGAGAGGGUUUUGGCCAAAGAUAAAGAAAAAGGAAAAUCUAUCAAAUUAGUAAUGACCCAAUCCAGAAAAGCAGGGAAAACCAGAGGUAAAAAAGGAAAAAAAUCUGUUUGUGAAGAAGAAUGCCAUGGUGAUGAGGAAGAUCAACACUUUGAGAUGGAGGAUGGUGGACAGGUCUAUGCAGAAAAGGAGAAUGAAAACCUCUCUAAUGUUAAUGAAACGGAUACUGCCCCAGCUAAAAGGAAGCGAAAACGUCCAAGGCAAGUUAACGAAGCUAAGGAUGCCGAGGACUUAUCUGAGGAGCAAGUCCAAAGGAAAAAAAGGAAACGUAGCAAAACGACCCCAAAAGGGAUUAGUUCACCACACGAUGGUGAAGAUGAGAGUGGCAUUUUCAACAUGGCGGAUGACGCUGUGAAUGCCAAUAAGGAAGAUGAGCUUGGGUCAAAUGCUCCCACACGGAAAAAGAAGCACAAAACCUCAAGAAAAGGUGGCAAGGAGGGAGAGGUUGAAAAGCCAGCUGAAGGAAGAAAGGGCAGUUGGAGCAGAAAGAAUGGCACGCUGGUCCCUGCUCAUGCUGUGGAUGUACCCCAACAAAAGUCUGUCAGGGUCGCUCAGAAGCCCAAGCCCUACCUGGGCAGAAGAGGAUGCAAGAGAAGCAUUGAACCUGAAACUACUAAUGAGCCUGAUGACAUUCAAGUAGCGAUUAGUCCUAUGGAGAAGGGACAGCUCCAGAAAGAAGCAGAGAAUGUGAUGGAAAGGACUCCCCCAAGGGAAAAAAACCUACAUAGCCCUUCUAAGCUCCAUUCCAUAAGUAAAGAAUCAGAGCCUCCUGGGAAUUCACCUGCUUCUCCAUCUAUUAGUGAGAGCUCCUCUAGCAAGCAGAUGAAGAUGCAAAGGUCAGAUAGAGCAAAGCGCAAUCUGACUUUUGGUGGGCAAAAGGGGAGGAGAAAAGGAAUGAUGGACCACGAGGAAUCUGAGCAUGAUCCAGCCUCUGAGGAUAAGGAGAGCCCCAAAAAGCAGAUAGUCACUCAGGAAUCAGAAGACUCCGACAUGGAUAACACCUUGGAUGAGAAGCUUGGGGACUUCUCAUACCUACAUGCUUUAAACAGUCCAAUGUUCCAAAGAAGACCAUUGGUGAUGUUAUCUCGUGAAGAAGUAGACAUGUUCCUCAGUGAUCAGGAGCAAACAGCUGCUAAACAACCAUCGCCAUUACCAUCACCAUCAUCAUCGCCACAGAUGAGUCCUCUAGAUUUAUCACUCAACACAGAGCUCUCAUUUCAACUCAGCAACCUUAUGGAAGAGAAUGUGGAAGUUGGUCAAGAUGAGUGUGUGGUUGGAGGACCUCCAGACAUUGAUUCACAAAGUGCUGUUCUUGAGAGUCACUGGGAAGAUCUGGAGAUGAUGGAGUCUGCAUCGGAGUCUUGCUCUGGAGUCUUGGAGGGAUCUCGGGCGUCUGUAGUGGCAGCACCACAAACUUGGGACAGACCACAGGGGUCUGUAUCGAUAACCACAGAAAUCAAAGAGAACAUGCAAGAGUCUCUUUCAGAACCUGCUGAAGUCGUGGAAAGAUCACAGGAGUCUGUAGUGACGGCACUAGAAGUUAAAGAGGGAACCCAGGGGUCUGUCAUGACGACCCCAGAAAUAAAGCUGAGAUCAGAGGGGUCAUUGGUGUCCACACCAGUGGUCAAAGAGGACUCUCAGGAAGAUGUUGAAGUGGCAACACCAGACAUUAAUGAGAGAUCACAAGUGUUGAUACCAGAAAUCAAUAAGUACUCGCAAGGGUCACUGCGAGAACCUGCUGAAGUCUCCGAGAGAUCACAGGAGACUGUUGUGCCAACACCAGAAAUUAUGGAAGGAUUUCAGAGGUCUCAAUUGAUGAGCACUGAAAUCAAAGAGGAUUCAGAAAGGUCAUUGCUAGAAACCUGUGAAGUCCUUGAAAGGUCACAGGAGUCUGUAGUAACAACACUAGAAAUUAAGGAGGGCUCAGAGGAUGCCUUUUUGGCAACCCCAGAAAUUAAAGCAUCUCAAGAGUCUCGUGGGUCUCUGCUGGAACCCUCUGAAGUCUCACCGAUGUCUCAGGAGUUUGCAUUGUUAAACCCAAAAAUAAAGCAGAUGCCAGAGGGGUUAGUCAUGACUACAGCAAUAAUCAAGGCACACUCUCUAGAAGAAGAGGAACAUGCUAUUCAACCCAGCAGCACAAAAUUAUCCUCUGGUACCUCCAUUUCUUGUGAACAUGGUGUCAUCCUAAAGAGGAGAAGCAGGUUCCUGAAGCCUAAACCUAACUUGAAUUUGGCAUCCAGAGUCAUGAACUGUUCUCCAAAACAAAAAAGCAUAGAGCCUAACACAACUGUCUCUUCUGAGAAGCUUUUACUUCAGAGUUCUGCUGUUGACCAGCUCUGUGACUUAGAUUUUGCCAAGGAGAACAUCUCCAAAAAGAAGGGGAUAUAUCUGAGUUCUGUGCAUCAUGCAGAAUCUAAACCAUCAAAAGUUCCUAGUGGUGCAUCUGUAACAGUACUGGAGCAGGAGCAGAAGAUCACUACAGUAACUUUGAAUGAAGUCAGUGCUCCAGUGCUACAGAUGGCUUCUGACCAAACUAAAAGCAGUUGUGAUGUGGUCAUGACACCAAAUUGCCAGUCUGUAGCAGAUCUCCAGAAGACUGAUACUUCACGUGUUUCGCCUCUUCCCUCACAAACGGGACAGAUGACAGAAACAUGUCACGUUGCAUGUGCCCCUGCAAAGGUCAUCCAUUCAGCUGGAGAUGGCCAAAGUAAUGAGGAACCCACCUUCAUCUUGACACUCUAUGAGAUUCCUGUCACCCAAGCAGAUUUGGCCUUCGCUAGUAAUGACUCUGCAAUGACCUCUGACUUAUACCCUGUUGAAGUCCCAUCUCCACCAGUGUCUUCCGCUUUACCAUCUACACCAUACUGUCCUAGUAUAUUUCUGCCUAUGAAAAUCGAAGAGACUGAAAAAGAGUGUGUGGGCAUAUCACAAAAUGAGUUAUCUGACUCCUUGGGAAUGCUCACUGAAGAUAUUGGAGAAAAUGUCACAUUGGGCCUGACAACCACAUUGAAGAGAGGUGCUGAGUUCAGUGAAGAGACUCCAGAAACAGAAGGGAGCCUUUCCCCAGAGGUCAUCAAAGUCAUGAAGGUUGACUAUCAAGGCAUGCCACAAGCAACUCAUCAAACCAUAACACACCAAGCAAAAGACAAGUAUAAAGAGGGUUCUGCAAAGCAAGAAGCAGAAGAUAUCAGUGUUAAGUCUUCGCCCCAGGACACUGAAAAAUGUGAAGGUAUAUCUCACGUUGUGUUGGCUGAUGUCUUGAUGCCGGUCUCGGAAGAUUAUGUAAGCAAGGAGAGUGCAAUGCCUGAAGAAAUUAACAUUCACAGAGAAGGCUGCUCUUCAGCUGUUCAUGCAAAGACACAAGAGAUUCCUUCUGAAGAGCUAAAAAAGGUAAAACAUCCUACAGCUGUAUCCAGUCCAUUGUUUAGUAUAAUGGAGGAUUCGAAGUGCAAGCAGUCAUUGUCAGAGGAGAAAAAGGCACCUGCCAAAAGGAAAGGAAAGCUGGAACCUAAACUAAUAAAAAGAUCAUGGGUUACAAAUGACUCCAUGAAAACUGAUCAGCCUGUUACGGAGAAGAAUCAGUCAAACAUUUCACAGGCUGUUUUGCCAUCACAGCAAACCAUGGUACCUCAGGCAAAGGAAGAUUGCAGUCUUAUUUCAACAAGGCUUGAAACUGAAGGUGUCCCACGUAUGCCCAAAUUGGAGGAUAAAACAAAAGAUGAAUCCUCAGAAAUGUCUCAGAGUGACAUGGAGCCCAUUCAUUCAGAACUGGCCCCAAUGAUCUUGCCAUCACCUUGGCAAUCAAAAAUACAUGAAGUUGAUAAUGUGCCAAAUGAGACUGCAACCAAGCUCCUAUCAGAAGAUUUUGCAAUAAAAGAGGAUAUGAAUUCAAGGUCAAAGGACAAAGAAAGUUCUGGCUCUGUGGACUUAAAUGAGGCUGAGGAAGAACGUGAGGGUGUUUCUCACAUGGUUUUGGCUGAUGUUUUUGUUCCUGUCUCGGAGGAGAUGGGAGAAGAUUUAAGUGAGGACUGGCAACUACCAUUUGUGAGCAGUCCUACUAGAGAGGAGGUGGAAAAGGCUAAAGAUUUAUCCACAGCAUUUGCUGAAACCAUGAAGCAGAAUUAUUCAUCCUCAAAGGAGAGUAAAGCACUUGCCAGAAGAACGGGCAAGCAGCGGGUGAAGAGGGCAAGUGCUAAAAAUUACCCCUCAAAAACAGCUGAGAAUAUCACGGAGCAGAGCCAGCCAAUGUCACAAGCUGUCUCAGCAACAUCCCAUCCAACUGUGGUACCUCACAGCAAUAAAGAUUCUCAUGAUCCUUCCACAAAGCUGAAAAAAACAGAUAUUUUAUAUGUCCCUAAAGUAGAACCGGGUUCAAUAGCCAAACAGAGGUCAAAUUUGGCAGACGGAGAAGAGGAGUUGAGGAGAAAGCAUGCUAUCAUGCCAUGUACAGUUAGGCUAUCAAAAUGUCUUGAUGCCCAGCUCCAGGAGCAAAGACCCCAGAAAGCAAAGGAUGAUCUUGAGAAAGGGUCAAAUGAGUCUUUAAACAAAGUUCAAACAGCAACCACCUCAUAUAGUCCUAAAGUGGAAUUAAGCUUGGAGGGCAAGGGUGAUUCAGUGGUGACAUCUCAUAAAGGAGUGUGCUCACAAGGAUACCCAGAAGCCAAGCUAAGCGCAAAGACUAUAUGUACUGACUCUCUGUUUGUGGACUUCGAAGAGACUGGGCCAGAGAAGAACUGUGUUGCUCAUAUGGUCUCUGAGGAGUUAAGAGAAAAUAAGUUAAAAAAGGCAGCAAUUUCUAGCCCAGUCCAAACUGCAUCAGAGGAUUCAAGGGAGAGAUCAAUAAUUGAAGAGGGAAUAUUAAAGGAGCCGCCAGUAUUGGUAGGGAAAAACAGUCCUGCAAAAGUGAAAGCAAAUCUAAAGCUUCCAUUUGCAAAACGACUGGACAAAAAAAAUGAAUCCUCCAACACCAAUCCACCAUUUUUAGAAAACAGGGAUUUAAACCCAACCAGAACUGUUUCAAGAAUGCGUCAGCUACCCAUAACUGUUUGGGCAAAGAAAAUGUCCAUACAGCCAGCAGCAGAGCUGAAAGCAGAAGAUCUCUCCAAGAUGUCCAAAAUGAAAUCAAACUUUAAAGUCAAGGAAAGUUUGCCUUUGUUCUCAAAUAAAAGUGAAGGUGUUGAAGUUGGGCACCAGAGCACCAACCUUACUUCAUGUUCCAAAGUGCAGCCCCGAGACUUGAAGGAGACUGAGCAGGCUCAUGAAAGAGUUUCUCUCAUUACUGAAAUGGAAACAACAGGAGAUAUUCCCACAAUGUCAGAAAUUAACAAGGAGUCCAGUGAGGGACCAUCAGGAUCACAUGUAAAGACAUUACCUGCUAGACGUAGAGCUAAGAUACGAGUGAAGCCUACACUGUUCAAAAGGACCUGCACUAAAGAUGAAGAUACCUCCUCAAAAACUGGUCAAACACUCUCAACUCAGUUCACAUCAAGACCCCAGCAUGAUCAGGCAGCCAAAAUAAAGGAAGAGUCUGAACAAACAACUAACCAGCACACUCGACAUUUGUCUGAUAUAUCCCAAAUUGAGAAAAUAAACUCAGAGCCUAUGGAAAGCUCUUCCCUGCUGAGUGAUUCAUGGUUGCCCAAGUCCCCAGCACUCUCACCAAGGGUCGUUCUCUCCCGUGUAGCAGUACAGAUUGGGGAAACUGGUUCCUCCUCCUGCACCCCUGCUUCUUCUCCAGUCAAAGUCUCAACCAGCACAUACCAACCCAUGACUCCUCCACAGUGGAUGCCGUCUUGUGUUGGUCCACCUCUACAAAGUAACUCUCCCACCUCUCCCGUUCCCAGUGAAAAUACUGAAGAUGAACCAGCCAGAGUUUCUCAGUUCUUCAUCCAUGACAUCUUCACUGAAAUUGUAGAUGCAGAUUGACUUCCUUUCAUAACCAAAGUCUCUAGGCUGUGUUGUCAUGGCUGCUGUAUUAAUUAGCUGCCCGUGAUGGAGAGUAACCAGUACAAGCAUGUUUAUUCUAAGGGUCAGGUGUUCUAUUCUUACUUAGAAUUUGCAAUGGUGCAAUACAACUUUGGUGCUUGAUUUAUCUGUAAUUUAGCUCUUAAGUUGCAUGUAACUGAUCAAUUCUACCCGAGUAUUACUGUUGCCUUAUAGUAUUAAAGCUAUAGAGACCAAAUUUUACCCAGAGCUGCACUAAGAAACUGUCUGUCUUCUAUGGAUUCAAAUGCUUUAAAGUAUAAUGGCUAUUUUGGGAAUGAUUGUUACUGAGCCGAUUUUCCUUUUUUGUGUGUGUGUUUGUGUGUGCGCGCAAUUUUCUGAACUUGGUGUUGAUUUGACAAGUAAUAUAUAUUUUUAUUUAAGGUGCAUUCCUUGUUGCCUUUGUUUAAUCAUAAGUAAUAAAUAAUCACUUACUCCUGUUUAUUAAAUUAAAUAACUAGAUGUUAGUCCUGAUGCCUUAUUCUUCUCUUAUGAAGGUUUGUCGAUGAC